CUCUUGUUUAGGCUCGGGAGUUAACCUAUAAAAUAGAUAUUAAUAAACCAAAAUGUGAAACACAGUUACCUAUAAAUAAAUAUUAAAAAAAAAACACAGUUACAGAUCAGUAGAGAGUGAGAAAAAGAGAUGGCAACAGCCAUGAUGAUGAAUUCUAUAAAGAUGUCAUCAUCAACACCAUCACUUACACCACCGUCGUCAUCAUCAUCAUCAGUUAAUUUGCCAGUAAGAACAAUUCCAGGAAGUUAUGGUUUACCAUUGAUCGGUCCGAUUUCAGACCGGUUAGAUUAUUUUUGGUUCCAAGGGCCAGAAACAUUUUUCAAGAAACGAAUGGAAGAGCAUAAAAGUAGUGUUUUCAGAACCAAUGUUCCACCAACAUUUCCUUUAUUUGUUGGAGUAAACCCUAAUAUGAUUGCUGUUUUGGAUUGUAAGGCAUUUGCUCAUCUCUUUGACAUGGAUUUAGUUGAGAAGAAAAAUAUUUUAAUCGGUGAUUUCAUGCCUAGUACUAGUUUCACUGGUAAUAUGCGUGUCGGUGUUUAUCUUGACACCACUGAACCUCAGCACUCGCAGGUCAAGAGCUUUGCAGCACAUAUCCUAAAACGAAGUUCAAGCGUUUGGGUCUCGGAAUUCAUAUCCAAUCUCGAUAUCAUGUGGGGUACAAUUGAGAAAGAGGUGAAAUCGAAUGGAAAUUCAAGUUUUCUCUUUCCGCUGCAAAAAUGCAUAUUUCGGUUUCUUACCAAGAGUUUGUUCGGAGCUGAUCCACUGAAAUCAUCAGAAAUCGGUGAGAAAGGGCAUGAAAUGUUGGAUAAAUGGUUAGCACUUCAACUCUUACCUACUCAAAAAAUCGGUGUCUUACCGCAACCGCUGGAGGAGAUUCUUUUCCAUUCUUUUGCUUACCCGUUUUUAUUAGUUAGUGGAGAUUACAAUAAACUUUUCGAACUCGUGAAAACGGAGGGAAAAGAGGUUGUAGAGAUCGGAAUGACUGAGUAUGGACUGAGUCAAGAAGAAACGAUUCAUAAUCUUCUCUUCAUAUUAGGGUUCAACGCGUUUGGCGGGUUCUCUGUCUUUCUUCCAUCUCUACUAAGUUCACUAGGUGGCGAUAAAACCGGGUUGCAAGAGAAACUAAGGAAAGAAGUGAAAGAAAAAGUUGGGUCAUCAUCACUAAGUUUCAGCUCAGUAAAGGAAAUGGAACUAGUAAACUCGUUUGUGUACGAGACACUCAGGUUUAGCCCGCCGGUUCCGUUCCAAUACGCUCGGGCAAGGAAGGAUUUUGUACUCAGUUCAUAUGACUCGGCAUUCCAAGUAAAGAAGGGGGAACUCUUAUGUGGGUAUCAGCCAUUAGUUAUGAAAGAUCCAAAAGUGUUUGAUAAUCCGGAAACGUUUGUUGCGGAUCGGUUUACCAAAGAGAAAGGUCGAGAAUUGUUGAAUUAUUUGUACUGGUCUAAUGGGCCACAAACCGGUACACCUGCUACUUCAAAUAAACAGUGCUCGGCCAAGGAUAUCGUGGUACUUACGGCGUCUCUGUUAGUUGCUGAUGUGCUUACAAGAUAUGAAUCAUUCACAGUGUCAUCUGGAUCGGUCACAGCUGUUGAAAAAGUGAAGUGAAUGACCUGAAAGCGAAUAAGACGAGGGACGGUGUAUUGUUGAUUUAUCAUGUAACAUGAUAUGUUUGCCGUGUAUGUUAUAGCCACAUAUAUCCAUCCUCCUGUGUCCCGAUUCUUGUCACUUUCUCCCCAGAUUCACGAUUUUUUAUACAUGUCAUAUCACAUUGUCGUUAUCAAUC